UGAGCUGCUCGCUGUGAGAGGGCAAAUAAAGAGAGAUAACGGGCCGCCGGCAGCGGGCGAAAAGUUUUUUUUUGUUGUAAUGUCAUGUUAGAGGAAUAACUCGGGCGUUAUCUUAAACCUGGGACAGGGUUCCCAGGAGAGGAACAGGGUCGGAGCGGGAAGAAGAAGAACGAGAACUCGCCGCUUGUGGGGUGUGAAAAAGCGGACGGCGCGUUCAGUGAACUUCGAACAGGACGCGGUUGAGAGUUAAGAGUUGUGUGAAAGUGACUGCGGGAGAGGGAGAGACAGUCAAUCCGCAAAAAGAUGAGCUUGUUGUCUGCCAUAGACAGCAGUACCUCAGUGUACCAGCCCGCACAGCUGCUGAACUGGGUCUAUCUCUCCUUACAAGACACCCAUCAGACCAGCGCUUUCGAUGCCUUCCGACCCGAGCCCAACGCUUCCCAUCCGGACCUGAGCUACAGCAAGGCUCCCGCAGCCGACCUCAGCUCCUCUCUCACUUCCAACUAUCUCAGCAACUUCUUUCAGCUUCAGAGGAACGAGGCCUUGAAUAAUGGCUUAUACAAAAGCGUCUCCCCGUACGGCUCUCUGAACAACAUAGUGGAUGGGUUGAACUCUCUAACGGACCACUUUUCUGACCUCUCCCUGUCCUCUGAGCCACGCAAGCCCAGCAAGAGACCUCCACCAAACUACCUAUGCCAUCUCUGCUUCAAUAAGGGACAUUACAUCAAAGACUGCCCUCAGGCCCGUCCCAAAGGUGAAGGACUGACACCCUAUCAGGGGAAAAAGCGAUGCUUCGGAGAGUACAAAUGCCCCAAAUGCAAACGGAAGUGGAUGAGUGGAAACUCCUGGGCAAACAUGGGACAGGAAUGUAUCAAGUGCCACAUCAACGUGUAUCCUCACAAACAGCGUCCUCUGGAGAAGCCCGACGGCCUGGACGUCUCUGACCAGAGCAAGGAGCACCCGCAGCACCUGUGUGAGAAGUGCAAAGUCCUGGGCUACUACUGCCGCCGUGUGCAAUAAGGACCAGUAGGUCCCUGCCCACUCCUGCCUUCCUCUCCCUCUGCCCCCUUCCCCUCUGACAUACCCAGCAAGUGCUCCAUGAAACAAAAGUGAGAUGUGCCAAAAUGUUAUUGUAAAUAUUGCUAGUUCUAAAAUGGCCUCGUCUAUCGGCAGUAUCGAACGAAUUUGAUUUAUAUGUAUAAUCGACUAUUAAGUUUGUGUUUGGAAGUGUGUCACUGACAGUAUUGAUAUCCAUACCAGACACAAUGGCUGACCUCAACAUUGUGCUCUCUGACUGCGUGUUUACAGACUCUGUCUUCAUUUUCCCUGCCAAGUGAACUACGUGGAUGUGCUGAGUGGUAUAAGUGUUAUAUUAGUUCAGUCAGACAGGGCCUGUAGUGUGCCUUGCAGUAUUCUUUGGGUCAACAGCACACCAUUUUAACUGUGAAUUAACAGGGGAUAUUGUACUCGUCAUCCCUAGCUUUUAUGUUGCAUAUUUAUUUGUGUUGUUUUUAUAUCAUCGUGCAAUUGAUUCAACUAAACUGGGAUAUUUACGCCUGUGUGUGUUUGUGUGCACAGGGAUUAUCUAACCCCACCUCUUGCCAUUAAAAACUACUGUAGGAUAGAAUUGUCUUGUAUGAAAUUCAGCAAUAUCAAGUUCCUACUUUUAACAUAUAUAUAUAUAUACUUGUGCGUUUCAACAUGCAUAUAAACUGCGAUGCUAAAGCAAUCAGCUAGCUAAAAUUAGAAUAGGUCUAGUAUAGUAUGUCAACAGCUUAUGCAACAGUUUUCAUCUGAGCAGCCUGAGUAGCCUAUUGGAUGAUGAUAAAUAUGACAUGUUUGUCAUUUUUAUCAUUCAUCACAAAACCACAAGAGCACAGCCUUAGCUGGGACAAAAUCCUUAGUUUGUCUCAGGAUAGAAACUGCAUUGGAAUUACAUAUUACACAUCUUUUAUUUGUAUGCCGCUCUUCUAUUUAGAUGACAUGAUGGUGAUGGCCUGCAAAAGACAGGCUUCUAGCCUUCUAUCUAUGCAAUUCUACAUUGGCCUAAUUUUUAACAUAGCUCGAGUGCUCCGUCUUUGUUGUGUAUAAGUAGCAUUUAUUAGUGGAUUUAAAAGCAUUUAUUUCUUUUACGUGUCAAGAAAUGGCCUUCCUGGCUCAAAACAAAUACAGAUUUUUUUCAAAUACUUUGUUUUAACGAUUCAUUUGAUAUAAUGUGGCCUUAUUUUGAUAUUUAUAGAGCAUUUAGAGGUGUUUAGAUGUACAUGUGUUUAAUACAUCACAUGAAGAUGCCUUCAGAAAUCUAAAGAUGUCUUGUGACAUCACAUAAACAAUUUAGCUAGCAUCGCCUCUAUAUGAAAGAUUAAUCACAUCACAGCUGUAUAAAAGCUUUGCUGUUUAUGUACAUUUCCGAAUUACCAACACAACUGACAAAUGAUGGAUUUAAUCCCAUCAAAACUGUGAUUUUUUUAAAGGAAAUAAUGACCUGUCUAGAAGCAGAGGAGGUAACACUUGGCUAAAAUGUGAGAUAAGGAAAAAGUAUGUUAUGUUGAAAAGUCUUUUGAAAGGUCUGUAUCGGACGAGAUGUGGGUUUGGUAGUAGCCGGUCAUAGGACACAGGACAUUUUGGAAGUAUUUGAGGAAUGUUGUACAGUGCAGAGAUUUUAUAUUGAGAGGAGGAUAUAAAACAUUUAUUUGAGAGAUAUAAAGAUCAUUGAAGGAUAUACUGUAGUUUACCUCUUAGCCUGAACGAUUCGCUCUUGUACUAUUACAUGACAUACUAAUUGGUCACAUUUUGACUGUGAUCAGAGAGCAUUUAAUAUUUUAUAACAUUAAAUGUAGCUUUAUUUUGUAUAACGAAGGUCGUUUAUGGACACAUUUGUAAGCAUUUGCUGACAGAAGUUAUUGAGGGCAGAAUAUUGUCUCGACAAAGUUGUAAGCCUAGAUGUACAUAUGACGUAAGUAAGAUGUUUCUUGGUAUAUAGAAUGUGUAUAAUUGUUUACUAAACAUUGGAAGUCAUAACCUCAUAUGAAUAUAAAUAUAUAUAUAUAUAUUUUAUGUUGUCUGAAAUUGAUCGUUUUCUGAUUUGUAGAGACAAACUAUUUGAAGCAAAGAAGCAAAACCAUACCUGAAGGGAUAAGUCCAAAAUGCUUUAUAUGAUAAUGAUGUGAACUGUUGGGAUGUUAGAUAGGGUAGAUAGUGUCUCAUGCUGGUCUAAGAUGUGAAUUUAUGGGGCGGCGAUAUAACGAACCCAUUAGCACUGAAAACAGAGAACCAACUACAUAAUAUUCCCAUCCCUCCAUUAGGGGCUGUGGGUGCAUUAGGCUUGAUUUUCUGAUGAUAAUUCCAAUCAGAAUGUUGCCUGUUGCUGAGGAAUGAGCAGUGAGAUAGAAAUGAGAUCAGUCUCUCACAAAAUGGCUCUCGGCAAAGCAGGUCAUCCUGUUCGUUUUCUAGUGGAGCUCCUUCAUUACUCAAUAAAUGUAGUUUUACUGUGGACUGUUGUUGCUAAUAGCUCCUCUGUGCACACAUUGUUUCAUGCCAAGUUUCACUUCCAGCCUCAUUUAGGAUGGAAGGAGUUAUACUGUGUUUUGAUUAACACCAUUGUAGGAAAUCAGCCAGAGGCUGUUUUUCUCAGUAAAAAGCAAUGUGGCUUCAGUGUAAUCACUGCCGAUUCUUAAUCGCUUAACACAAAGCUGUCUCCCUGCAUCACUGGGAUCAAUCGAAUUGACUGUUAGUAGCCUUAACGUUUGAGCAAAAAAGAAAAGAAGAAGCUAUUCUACUAAAUAAUUAGCUUAGCAUAACGUAGCAUUUGAACAUGCUUUCAGACUAAAACUAAAGUGGAUGGGGAGGAGUAUGAUGUUACUCAGCUCAGCUUGUUUCUAAUAAAUGUAAAGGAAGAACAGAUGACUGCAGAUUACUCAGAUGAUGGAUGGUGAUAACUUGUUAGCCUUACAUAUUGGAGGUGUUUAACUUUAGCCUUAGCCUAAGCCCUGUGAUGUUCUAGUCCUGCUCCAACAGCCAGAGAGUCCUGGAGCGGUCGGAGGUAGCGAUAGCGGUAGUGUACAUGCAUUUACAAUACAAGUGCUUUCGCGCGUGUUUGUCUUGAAUUACGUAUACUUGACUUUUAUAGCUUACUUUCAGUGUAAACUUAUUUUCUAUGAAAGAUAUGUGUAUUUUGGAAACCAGUAAAGAUGUUGAAAAUUUUGCAAUUUAAAAUUGGAUGCGAUUUUGUUUUCCCUUUCAAAGAGAGACAGUUCUAUGCUUGUUUUGUGUAUAUAUUUCGACGGCCAUCAUUUUCAAGUUAGCUAUGUUGAAAUGUUGUGAUGCAAUAUUAAAAUUGUUUUUUAAAAAAAGGGCAGAUUGCUGAGAUGCAAAAGAGCUGGGAGUUUUUACGUUGUUUUACAAUGAUCUUAGGUCGUAUCCUACAGAAAUAUUUAUGGAAGGUCUUUCUACAGUUUUUUUUUCUUUUUUGUAUAAAAUGCAACAAAACUACACUAUGAAGGAAAUAUUGAUGUCUACGUAGAAUAUUAUUGGUUGGUACAUAAUUAUUAUGCCCUUACAAGCCAUUUUAUUUGUGUUUUGUUAUCUUAGAUAUUAUCACAGUAACUUUACCCAUUGCAAAUGCUUUAAUAUGCCUGAAUAUGAAAAUCAUUGUGUGUGUGUUUGUAUGUGUGUGUGUGUGUGUGUCUGCUGAAUAGCACAAUUGUUUGACAGUUAGCAGUUCUAGGAAAGCAAUAACGUAACAGUUUAGAUAUAACACUUAAUAUAAAAAAUAGAACAGAAAAGAAGAGACUC